UACUGUUCACAUUUAAUGUUUAUCAGUUAAUUAUCAUUGUGUUAUACUUCAACAAUAAUUACCGGCUACAUAAAGAGCAGGAUGCAUCGUGUAAUACAAAACUCACUUUUUUGUUUGUUUGUUACACUGCACGUGACAAAUGCUUACAAACCUGUCAUUUUCAUGCACGGGAUUUUAAGUGACCCUUAUGAGGCUGACACGCUAUUUCAAUGGAUAAAACAGGAUCAUCCCGGGACAGUAACAUUUACUAUAGACAUGUACAACAAACUAGACAGUCUGGUAAAUAUGAUGGAGCAAGUUGAUCAGGUCGGGAAGGUUAUGAUGAAGUUUAUGCAACAACAUCCGGAUGGAGUUAAUCUAAUUUGUUUCUCACAAGGUGGUCUUGUAUGUCGAGGUGUUUUAGAACAGUUCUCCCACAACGUGGAUACUUUCAUCUCUCUAAGUUCACCACAAUCAGGACAAUUUGGUGAUACCGAUUACGUGAAAUAUGUCUUUCCCAAUCUGUUAAGAGACAAUGUUUACAAGAUUGCUUAUUCGAAAGAAGGCCAAAACAUAUCUGUUGGAAAUUACUGGAACGAUCCUCACCAUCAAGACCUUUACAAAGAACACUCAGAAUUCCUUGCUGUCCUUAAUAAUGACACGUUCAAUCAGAAUAGCAAAGAAUACAAGGCAAACUUCCUGCGUCUGAGAAGACUUGUUAUGAUUGGUGGAAAAGAUGAUGGCGUCAUCACACCUUGGCAGUCAAGUCAUUUUGCGUUCUAUGAUGAAAAGCUGAACAUUGUAGAAAUAAAAGAUCAAAAAUGGUACACAAAUGACAUGUUCGGCUUACAGAGCCUGGACAAGAGAGGUGGACUAUUUAUACGAGAGAUUCCAGGAGUACAGCAUACACAUUGGCAUUCAACAUACAGUGUUUACAAAGACCAUAUUCUUCCUUUCCUGUCAUGAUGAUGUCUAGAGUAGGAGAGGGAGGUUGCGAGAAGAAACUACGUUCGUUGCUUUGUGAAAUGUUCGUGACGAGAGCAUUAUUGUCUUCCUCUAAAUGAAUUAUAUGAUAUUAAUGUAAAGAAUUAAAAACAUAAAUGAAAUUUGAGUUUUGUUUAAUGAGUUUAAAACAAAAUGCAGUUGAAUUAUUUGUAUUUAGUAUUACAUUUUUGCGUGAGUAGCAUAGCAAACAGUCGGCUUUUGCUAUUUUACAGACUUCAUAGGCAUCUUUCAGUUUAUAUUUUCUAUGAUUUUCUUAUUACUUAAUGAGAUGGCUACAAUUAUUGUGUUGUUUGUCUAUUUCGACAUUAUUAAUAUGUAAACGAACAUAAAGGCGAAGACAAAGAUCAAAGUGGAGCAGUCAAGUUCAAAGAACGCAGUUUUCCUACAAUAGUGAAUAUAUAAAUAGUAGGUUACAGAGCUAUUUUUUCUGGAUCAAUGCACAUCAUUUAGAUACAAAUGAAUUUCAGAUAUUUAUGUUGUUUCAUAUAUGUACACAGACCUUUUCGGCGUAAAUGUGUAUUAGUUCGACUACGUACAUGUAUUAUAUACU